AUGGAGAUUCCGCCGUCUACAUCCCCGGCGACUUCGCUCCGCCGUAGAAACUCCAUAGCCACGACGACGGCUGUGAUUACCUCCGAUAUUCCUUUCGCGAUCGAUUCGUCCACGCCGUCGUCGUUCGAUUUUGAUCUCAUCUCCUUGAAACCAUCCUCCUUCGUCGCUUACACAUCUCUCCGAGAUAUUCUCUCGUCUCCGAGUAGCUCCUCCGUUAACUUACCGACGAUUAACGGUAGCAGCUCUCCCGUCGUAUCCACCGUCGGCGAUAUCUCGAUUCGCAACCCGCUCGUUAAGCAAGCCGCUUGGUCUUACCUCCAGCCAACGGCGCUCACUUCCUCGGAGGAUUCGCCUGGGUCUCAAUUCCUCCGCCGCAUAUGGCACCACUUCUCCGCCGGAAUCCAGUUCCUGAGACGUAUGUUUGACUGGAUUCUCCACUCAAUUUGUAUUCCUCGGAUUGUCAAAUAG